AGAAGUGUCAAGUCUGUUUUCGUUUGGGAAGAGGAUACCGAAGCAGGAUCAAGGAAGAUUUAAAGGGCCAGGCUGAUUGUUUUUCUUAAUGGUAUGUCUUAAUGGGGUGGUAAAGUGGUUUCAGAGAGAGGCUGUUAUUUAUUGUUGGUGAGGAUGGGGGUGGACCGCAAGACCUCUGGACAACUGUCUCAUGUUGUUGUCUUUGUUAACCUUUACUAAGGGGCAUGGUCUGUUAUUAUAGGGUUUCCUGUUUUUUCACAUGACUUAGGUCCCAUAGGCCCUGCAGGGUCCUAGGUUGUGGGGUCAUUUUUGGGGCAGGAGGGGGAUUUUGACUCUAAGGUUACUUUUCUUCAUCCCAGCAGGCAUCUGGAGGUGGCUCUGGUCACUGCAGGGCCACUAGGGGGUCGGCUUGCUUGUCUCAUCCUCCCCUUGCGUAGUCUGUUUCCCAAAAGCCAUGUCCAGGCCCUCGCUCAUCACCUUCACCCCGGCCACUGACCCCAGCGACCUCUGGAAAGAUGGGCAGCAGCAGUCACAGCCUGAAGAGCUAGAGCCCACCCUGGAUGGGGCUGCAGCCCGGGCUUUCUAUGAGGCCUUGAUUGGGGAUGAGAGCAGUACCUCUGAACCCCAGAGAGCUCAGCCUGAGCCUGCCAGUGAGAGAAAGAGGAAGAAAAGAAGAAUGAUGAGGGAGGCUGCAGCAGGAGCAUCAGGAGGACAUGGACAAAGGAGAUCCCUUGAGGCUGAGGACAAGAUGACCCAGUGGAUACUGAGGGCAGCCCAGGAGGGGAAUGUGGCAGAACUAAGAAGGCUGUUGGAUCCCCAGGAAGCAGGGGGAGCUGGAGGGAAUAUCAAUGCUCGGGAUGCCUUCUGGUGGACUCCUCUGAUGUGUGCUGCCCGAGCAGGCCAGGGGGCGGCUGUGCGCUAUCUCCUGGGCCGUGGGGCUGCUUGGGUGGGGGUCUGUGAGCUGGGUGGCAGGGAUGCUGCUCAGCUGGCCGAAGAAGCAGGCUUCCCUGAGGUGGCCCGCAUGGUCAGAGAGAGCCACGGAGAGACGAGGAGUCCAGAGAAUCGGUCCCAAUCCCCUUCCCCCCAGUACUGUGAGAGCUGUGACGCCCACUUCCAAGACUCUAACCACCGCACAUCCACUGCUCACCUGCUGUCACUGUCUCGGAAUCUCCAGCCCCCCAACCUGCCCCUUGGGGUGCCCACCUCCAGCCCAGGCUUCAAGAUGCUGCUGAGGGAGGGCUGGGAGCCUGGAAUGGGGCUGGGACCGCGGGGCGAGGGCCGCGCCAAUCCCAUCCCCACUGUCCUCAAGAGGGACCAGGAAGGAUUAGGCUACAGAUCAGUGCCCCAGCCCCGAGUCACACACUUCCUGGCUCGGGAUACCCGGGCUGUGGCUGGGAGGGAGAGAGCCCCUCGGGUGAUCACACUGAGUCGGAGGGAGGAGAGAAGGCAGGAGGAGAAGGACAGGGCCUGGGAGCGGGAUCUGAGGACAUACAUGAACCUUGAGUUCUGACCUUAGCAAGGUCUGACUCUGGUCUGCUGCUCAAGUCUGAAGUUGGGCUUUUGAACUGGACAUUUUGGCUUCUAUUUCCUAAGGUCUGCCCAGGUCCUAGACCCUCAGGUUUUGGUCAGUGGGCUCUGCCUUUGGGAGAGAGGGGCUGAGAGUUGAGAAAUAAAUAAACCUUCUCCCUC